AUGCUUGAAAACGUUAUCAGACCUAAAUUCCCACCCACCUUAACAACGGACGUUAUCCUCGAAAGAUUACGUAAGUCCAACAAACCUACCGCAAACAUAAACUCUUUUAUUGCUUAUAGAAUGGAAUUACAAGACGAAUAUCAUCGUAACAACAAAAAAUUACGGUUGCCCAUCAUGUCCUCGAUCGCAAGUGUUUCUUGGAAAAGAGAACCUCCACAAAUAAAAGCCUUUUAUAAACAACUAGCAGAUGAUGCUAAAUCUCUGUAUAAACCAAAAUAUUUACCCGUCGUAGAGUAUAAACAUAAAGAGAAGAUUGAAAAUGAUCAAGAAAGCGGAAGAGUUUUACCUACAGGUGUAAUUUGUGACGCAGACUCUGAUGAUGUCGAUCAAACCGUUGUGGAUCAGAAUUCGACUAGUGGUCUUCUUAUUGAAGGUUCUCCCAAAUUUUAUGAACAUUCAGGGACGAGGUCAGCUGAAACGAGUUCUACUGCUGAUCCUAAUUAUAACGAAAUGAAUUUAAUCGCUAGCUAUCAAAGGCAUAUUUGUUUGUUGGAACAAAUGAAUAAAAAUUUGUUUGAUUUACUUAAAUCGACACAACUUUAA